AUGGCAGACCAGUGGAAAUUUGAACAGACGGACUGUCAUGUCCAAAAUAUGGCGAGCUGGCUCGUCGUAAACAAGCAGGAUGAGAAAUAUCUUAUUCAAGUUUCAUGGCCACUGGAGUGGGAAUCGACUGGAGAUCAGCCGAGCGUCAACAAAGCGAAUGCGAUAUAUAUCGUGGAUGGCAAUGCAAUGAUGCUUUCGGCAACAGAUAUCGUGCGGCGGCGGCGAAUGCGUAAGCCAGAGGAAACAUCGACGAUCAUCAUUGGAAUCUCCUACCCAUUGACCCGAUCUGUUUACAGUCCUCGUCGAAGCUACGAUCUAACUCCUCCCUGUGAGAAAUAUGAAUCGCCCAAGGGCCCAGAUGGGAAGCCCAACCCUCAGGGAUAUGGAGGUGCAGAUGCUUUUCUCCAUUUUAUAACGAACACUGUUCACCAUUUUGUGUUUUCUUCGAUAUUCCCUCGCAUAUCAGUCUGCCAGACUGCUUUAUUCGGACACUCUUUCGGGGCCCUUUUUGCACUCCAUGCGCUCUAUGUAGCCCCUGCAAGCUUUGAUGCAUAUCUUGCUGCAAGUCCGUCAAUUUGGUGGAACGAUGGAUUCCUGUUGCAGGAAGAAGAGCAGUUCUACAACAUGCCAGAAUCGCACCACCAGCCGAGAGUUUGGCUGGCCUAUGGAUCACUUGAGCAGUCUCCCGUACAUCAAAAAAACCAGUCGUUGGAGGAGUAUGAAAAACGGCUGGCGAUAGCCAAGGAACGUCUCAUGGGGGAUAAUUGCGACCAGAUGUUUGUUCGGCUUCUGCAGAGUGGACGAGUACGGUCAGUCAUCCGAAGGAGAUAUGAAGAUGAAGACCAUGGAAGUGUCAUUGCUGGCGCACUGAGCGGAGCUAUCUUUUAUUUCCUUGACCAAGGGGAUGAAGAAUGA